AUGGCUCUCAUGCACGAGAAAUGGUGUCCGGCUGACGACCUGACCGGAACGAAGCACUGGGACCCAAUGCCGCAGCCCAAGCCGCCUCCGAUACCAAGUGAAUGGCUCCUUCAUCUGUGGAAUCACCCUCACGAGACUCGGUCUUUCAAAGCAUCGAUCAAGGUAAAGAACACAUUUUCGUCCGUGACUCGUUUCCUUACCGAGUCACUACGCCAAAGUGCAACCGCGUACCGUAACGCGAUGGAAAAUGCUUGGGCUCAAGUAACCGAGUUUUGUCAAUGGAAAAGAAGGCCUUUGCUGCCAACCGAGGAAGUCGAACUGCAACAGGAUUCUGCGAAUCUUCCUUCCGCCGAAAGCGUGGCAACGCAAGUUUCCGCCGAGAACGCUGCAAGGGACGCACCACUAUCGGGCCGCAACGACCAAGGGCGGCAGGAUCUGGUCUACAAGAAUACCCCAAAGAAGCUUUUCGAGAUGCUCCAAGCAGAUCCCAGCAAUCCCCCGUGUGGUUGGGGUCUGUACCUUGAGGAAGGCUUCAAGGUUCCGGAGCCGAUUGAGUGGUUGGCUUCCAUCUUCGCCACAUGCGUGAUCUUUGGUAUCCUGGCUUUCUGCAUUGCUAAAGUCGGCGACUUGGGCAUCGGCAUCUUCGGAGCGUGGGGAGGUACCAUCGCCCUGGCUUCUUUGAUAUUCACCGUGGUAACAAAGCUCGCGGGAAAGUAG